GGCCUCUCAUCCACCAGCAAAGGAGCUGUGCCCCACAGGUGAAGGAGGUUGUCUUUCACAGGUGAGGGGCCUCUCACCCGCAGGUGAAGAGUUCCCAUCCCCCACAGGUGAGGGACUUACCACCCGCAGGUGAAGGAGCCCAUCUGCCACAGGUGGAGCCUUGUGUGAUCUAAUAUGUUGAUCAACUUGAGUAAAGAUCUCCGGGCACGUGCGCAGAGGGGCUCCGCGUGACAGCGAGGUGUCUUCGGGCCUCGUUAAAUAUGUAAAGCGCCGCUCAGGUAUCAGCGCGUGCCGCCCAAUCGGGAGCGGAAGGCAGGGCCGCUCUGGGCUGACAGGAGCGGCUCCUAGGCGGUCACAUACCCGGAAACCAGCCGCUCUGCAGCAGCACGCGAACCAGAAACUCAGCCGGGACCAAACUUCAGAAAACAAACCAAAGAAAGCCGCCGACGGGCCGACACGGACCCGGAAGCUCCGAACUCUCCUUCAGAGGAAGUAGAACCCGUCAGUGUGCGGUGCUGGUGGAGUGAUCAACAGGUUUGGGAGCAGCGAUCGGGUCUGGCAGCGGCGGAGGAAGGGCGAUGACAGCCGGGCUGAGGCCGCUGUGAAGCUCCGGGCUGCGCUCCGCCGGCGGCGGGACUUCAGGAAGAACCGACCCUCUUCGUGGAAGCACCAUGUCACUGUGGAUCCAGGCGCAGCAGCUCCAGGGGGAGGCCUUGCAUCAGAUGCAGGCUCUCUACGGACAGCACUUCCCCAUCGAGGUGCGACACUACCUGGCCCAGUGGAUUGAAAGCCAGCCCUGGGACUCUGUGGAGCUGGACAAUCCUGCAGAGGAGGCAAAGGCCAAGCGCCUGCUGGACAACCUGGUUGGGGAGUUGCAGAAAAAGGCCCAGGUUCAGGGGGGAGAAGAUGGUUUUCUGCUGAAGAUCAAGCUGGGCCACUAUGCCACCACACUCAAGAGCACCUACGACCGCUGUCCUUUGGAGCUGGUACGCUGCAUCAAGCAGAUCCUGCAGUCAGAGCAGAGGCUGGUUCAAGAAGCUACAAAUGUGAGCAGUGGGAACGGGCUGCAGGCCAUGGACACUCUGUCCCAGCGCCACCAGCAGAUCAACCAGGCCUUUGAGGAGCUCCGCCUGGCCACGCAGGAGACGGAGAACGAGCUGAGGAAGCUGCAGCACAGCCAGGAGUACUUCAUCAUCCAAUACCAGGAAAACCUGCGGAUCCAGGCCCAGCUGAGCAGCCUUUCCUCGCUCCCUGCAGCCGAGCGCUCCCAGCGGGAAACCCCCCUUCAGAGCAAGAGAGCCACCGUGGAGGCGUGGCUUACCAGAGAGGCCAGCACCCUGCAGAAAUACAGGCUGGACCUGGCAGAGCAGCACCAGAAGACCCUGGCGCUGCUCAGGAAGCAGCAGACUCUGAUCCUGGAUGAGGAGCUCAUUCAGUGGAAGAGGAGGCAGCAGCUGGCUGGGAAUGGAGGUCAACAUGAGGGGGGGCUGGAUAUCCUGCAGUCCUGGUGUGAGAAGCUGGCUGACCUGAUCUGGCAGAACAGGCAGCAGAUCCGGCGCUGUGAACAUCUGACCCAGCAGCUCCCCCUGCCAGGCCCCAUGGAGGAGCUGCUGAGGAAGCUCAACGCAGACAUCACAGACGUCAUCUCUGCCCUGGUCACCAGCACGUUCAUCAUUGAGAAGCAGCCCCCCCAAGUUUUGAAGACCCAGACAAAGUUUGCAGCCACUGUCCGCCUCCUGGUGGGGGGGAAGCUCAACGUCCACAUGAGCCCCCCCCAGGUCAAAGCCGCCAUCGUCAGUGAGCAGCAGGCCAAGGCGCUGGUGAAGAACGAAAGCACCAACAGUGAAAGCAGCGGUGAAAUCCUGAACAACAACUGUGUGAUGGAGUACCAUCAGGCCACCGGCACCCUCAGCGCUCACUUCAGGAACAUGUCGCUGAAGCGAAUCAAGCGGUCGGACCGACGGGGCGCCGAGUCUGUGACGGAGGAGAAGUUUACUAUCCUGUUCGAGUCUCAGUUUAGUGUCGGAGGAAACGAGCUGGGUUUCCACGUCAAGACCAUGUCGCUGCCUGUAGUGGUGAUCGUCCACGGGAGUCAGGACAACAACGCCACGGCGACGGUCUUGUGGGACAACGCCUUUGCUGAGCCUGGCAGGGUGCCCUUCGUUGUGCCCGACAAGGUGAUGUGGCCUCAGAUAUGCGAGGCUCUGGACAUGAAGUACAAGGCGGAGAUGCACACCACCCGUGGUCUGACGGAGGAUAACCUGGUCUUCCUGGCACAGAAAGCUUUCACCAGCAGCAGCAAUAACCCCGAGGAUUACCACAGCAUGACCAUCUCCUGGGCCCAGUUUAACCGGGAGAACUUGCCUGGUCGCAGCUUCACGUUUUGGCAGUGGUUUGAUGGAGUUGUGGAGCUCAUGAAGAAACAUCUGAAGCCACACUGGAAUGAUGGGGCCAUCCUGGGGUUUGUGAACAAGCAGCAGGCGCAGGACAUGCUCCUGUCCAAACCAAACGGCACCUUCCUGCUGCGGUUCAGCGACUCUGAAAUCGGAGGCAUCACCAUCGCCUGGGUGGCGGAAAAUCCCAACAAACAAGGGGAGAGGCUGGUCUGGAACCUGCUGCCGUACACCACCAAGGACUUCUCCAUCCGCUCGCUGGCGGACCGCAUCAGUGACCUGAACCAUCUGGUGUAUCUGUAUCCCGACCGGCCCAAAGACGAAGUCUUUGCCAAGUACUACACCCCCCCACUGUCUAAAGCAGUGGAUGGAUACGUGAAACCAGAAAUCAAGCAAGUUGUUCCAGAGUUUACCUCUCCAAACCAUGAACCCAGUGGAGGAGCUCCUGCCUUCAUGGACCAGGGCACCCUCCCUCCUGCAGGCCAUUCCAGCACCUUCCCCAUCUACCACCCAGUGGCCGACAACAUCCUGGACGCUGAAGGGGAGUUUGACCUGGACUACCCCAUGGACGUGGCUCGCCACGUGGAGGAGCUGCUCCGCAGGCCUGUGGUCAACCAGUGGAGUGGCCAACAAUCCUGAGCCCCCCCAGACCGGAACCCACUUGUAGAUAAUAAAAACACAGCCCAGCUAGUGACGAGACAUGUUGGUAGGAAAUACUAAAAGAUUUAAACAAGUGGUUUCAUUCCACCAGAAGGCAGAGAGAAGAGGCGUCUUGAGGGUUAUUUUUAUGUUCAUUCUUUGAGGAACAACCUCUCUCAGGUAAAAGUGCAAAGCACAUUAUAGGGACUGAGAGGGACAGACUUUUGCACCAGAAUAAAUGAUCCCAUUCCUGGUGCCAGAUAAGGAUACCAUCACCUGAGAAGAGACCAAAACGAAUCAGAAACCACAGAUUCAGGUUAACCCUUUAACACCGGAGCUCCAGAGUUUUUGUUCUUUGAUUUACUGGAACUUUUCAACCAUUAAAAAAAUAAUUCCAGCUGAUUCUGAAGGAGAAAAGCGUCUGCUUUUCUCCUUCAGAAUCAGAAUCAAUGGUUGAAAAGUUCCAGUAUGGUAACGAUUUUGAGUUUAAGCGUCACGCCUGGUUCACACAGGAUGCGGACGUACCGUGGAGGCGGCCCCGGUCAAUUUUUGUAGGAAGUUACAUCAAGAUACAUGAGAAAAUACAGUUUAUUUUCAAAAUAUAACCAAUUUUUUACGAUAAAACACCGACUGACAAAUGUCAACAUAUUUUUGUAUCCAAACAGACUGUAGAGAUGAAAAUAAACACACACUUCUCUCUCUGUUUCUCAACAACAGAUACAUUAAAGAAGUAUAGGUCUACUGACUACUUGCUUCUUCUUAGCAGAAACAUGGGGUCAUAUUUUUAGGUUAUUAAUUGACCCAUGAUGGUAAAAACAAAUAAAAUCUCUAGCGGAAAAAUGUGCAUCUGGUGUGAAUUACAGCUCUGCGGCGAUUCCGCCUCCAGUGUGAACAUGGCGUCACUGGCAGUGCCUCAGGUGUUAAAGGGUUAAACGCCUCAGAUCUGAGUGACAGGCUCAGGAAUAACUGUGGCAGCGAGCAGCAGCACCAGGCAUGGCAGCCAAAGAGCUUUCUGGAGGUGACCAGGAUCAACGUCAGUGGAAGCAGCAUUUUCCUGCUGUGACGGCAUCUCCACUUUGUGCGAGGUUGAGAAGACUACAGAUCUACACUCCUGCAGGGUCGAAUGCUCUGAAAGCCUGUGAGAAUCCUAGAUCGUUGGUUCUGGAAGAGUAGUCAGGUUCUGGUCAGAGAGUGGAAGUGUGGAGGCUGUCAUGAAGACAUGAGUCAGGACCGACCCGCUCAAGCUGCAGGACUGUGGAGUCACCUCAGUCAUUUCAUCUGCUCUGCUGGGCGUUGCAGUCUGUCGUUUCUGCGGGCUAGAUUCUUUUUAAGGGAAGAGUUUUAAACAUAGAUUAAGUUAGUAAAGUUUUGUCGAGGUUUGACCCGUUUAGAUCUGCAGUCUGGAGAACACAGCUGCUGCUCUAGUUUUGUUUUCAUUUAUUCUUUGGACCAAAACUUCUUUUCUCCUUUCCAGAACACAAACACUCUGUCACCAGAUGAGAGCACAUUUUCCUCUGAGCUAGUUUUUAUUUUUAUGCAAAUUUUGACAUACAGUCUAUUUUUACAUGAGCAGUAAUUCCACACGUGCCUGAGAUGAAACCAGAAAGACUUCAGCAAACUUGCUGCCUGGAAAUGAUUCUAAUUUCUUCUUUUUUUUCUAAGUAGUUGAACAUGUGCUGAAAAUGUGUUAGCAUUGAUUGCUUGUUCUCCUGUUGGGGCGUGUGGUGGGGGCAGAACGGUUAUUAGUUGUCAGAAACACAGAGGAAAAUGGCUAGAACUUAACGGCGUUGGGGGCGGGGCUUGGUUUGUUCACAUUCAACCUCCCUACCAUGUGACCUGAUUUUUUUAAAACAGAAAACUGCAGAUAAAAUGUUUACAACCUCUAAAUGUCGUGUGCAGAGCAGACAUGUCUUCAGACGAGUCUGAGACGGCCGUUCAUGCGUGUGCUCUGCACACAUACGUGUUGGUGGCGUGAUCACCAGUCAGCAUCCUCCCAUACUCUUACACUGUAGAUGUUGUCUGUCAUUCUGAGCUAACAUUGUUUAGGUGCUGAAAUGGGACAUGAGUUUGCCAAGUGUUUGAUGGUCUUUAAUGCUUCUGUUCUCUAAUGCUGCCUUACAUGAACACCUUCUCAAGGGCUGCACUCUUCUGGUAACUUUAGUUUUCUAUGGAGUCGUUUACUUAACUGCGGUACAAUGUAUUGUUCUGACCCAUUUGGUACAUUCAUUUUAAAUAAAAUACUGUGUCCUUA